CGCAGUGCGCAGGCGCUCGUUACAGUCGCGUCCGGCGGAAGUGGGGCGUCGAGAGUCACCCAGCGCCGCGUGCCCAGAAGCAAACAGAAAUGGCAAAAAGCCUAAGGAGCAAAUGGAAAAGAAAAAUGCGAGCAGAGAAGAGAAAGAAAAAUGCUCCCAAGGAACUGGCCAGGUUGCAGAGCAUUCUGAAAGCCAACAGUGAUGUUGUAAUGGAUGAAGUGAAGGAAGUAGUAACUAUGGUUCCUGCUGAGAAGAUCUUAGAGAAAAAGGAUUCAGAUGAUGGAAGCAAGAUGGACAUGGAUGUUAAAAGAAAUCAGAAAACUCUUCUAGAUCAACAUGGACAAUAUCCAGUAUGGAUGAAUCCCAGGCAGAGAAAAAAGCUGAAGUCAAAACGUGUCAAAGGAAAAAAUAAGUCUAAAGCACCAAAAGGAUUAACGUGGUAGACUCUGGUAAAUGUUAAGAAAUUAAAGGCAUGGGGAGAACUUAAUGGUUUAUGUCAUCAGUCCUAAAGAGUAUUAUUUUCUUCUUUCAGAUGUUCAGGCUCAUUUAAUAAAGUUCCAAUUAUCUUUAUACAAACGGGACUAUAAUUAUGCUAUAAUUAAACCUAGAUACCUUCCAAUGGCAACCAAAUUUCUAUCAAAUGCUUUAAAAUUUAGUUGUUUUAGCUUUACAGAAAAGCAAAUGUUUAAUCGGGUGUAGCAAAAAAAAA